AUGAACAUCUACCUCAUUGCAAUCCCGUUGGUGUCGCUUCUCCUACUCAAAGCAGUCUUGACCCUCUUUCAGCAUUUGCGCUCAAACCUGAGGUCCGUUCAAGGCCCUCGUGCCGCUCGAUGGACACUCGGUUGGUAUACCUGGAAGGUAUGGCAAGGCUCUUUCGAGGAGGUUAACCGUGAUUUACACAAGAAGUACGGCUCUGUCGUUCGCUAUGCACCCAACCGUUAUAGCUUCAGCGACCUCGAUGCGGUCAAAGUCAUCUACGGUCUGGGUACUUCGUUCCCCAAGUCCCCUUGGUACAUACCCUGGGGCAACCCCGGCGACAACAAUCUGUUCAACGAGAGGUCCUUGGCCAAGCAUGCACACGAUCGAAAGCAAUAUCAGUCCACUUACUCUAUGUCUUCCUUGGUCAAUUACGAAGCCUUUGUUGACGACUGUGCCGAAUUGUUAAAGAAUCGCCUCUCGGAACUCUGUGCGGCAAAUCAGGCAAUUGACAUGCAUAAUUGGUUCCAAUGCUAUGCUUUCGACGUCAUCGGUAUGAUCACAUAUGGAAAGCGCCUGGGCUUUCUCGAUAAAGGAGAGGACGUGGGAAAUGUCAUCCGUGCCUUGGGAGAGAUACUUAGCUAUUCAACAAUCGUUGGGAUCGUCUUCCCCACUCUCCACAAUAUCAUUGUUCCUAUCAUGAACUUCCUGGCAGGAAAUAAAGGACAGGGCGGAACCUACAUCGCAGCAUUUACCAAAGAGAGGAUCAGUGAGACGCGCUCGAAACCCAAGGCUGUAAUCUUAGAUGACAGCGACUCCACAACCCAGUCUUUUCUCAUCAAGUUCCUUGCCAAAAACACUUCAAAGCCGGAUGCUUUCACCUCAUCUCAUGUCUUGUCCGGUUGUCUUGUCAAUAUGGUCGCGGGGUCUGAUACAACUGGCAUCAGCCUCUCAGCUGUUUUGUACUACCUUCUCAAAAACCCAAGAUGCAUGGACAAGCUACAGCAAGAGGUUGAUAUAUUUACUUCCAACGGUCAGCUAUCCACUUAUGUCACGUAUAAACAGAGCCAGGCAAUGCCAUACUUGCAGGCUGUGAUCAAGGAAGCAUUGCGGUUACAUCCAGCCACUGGACUACCCCUUGAGCGUGUAGUGCCCAAGGGUGGUGCUACCAUUUCAGGGCAUUUCUUUCCGGAGGGUACUAUUGUCGGAAUCAACACCUGGGUUGCACACAGGGAUCGCGGCAUCUUUGGACAGGAUGCGGAUUCAUUCUCGCCCGAAAGAUGGCUGCAAGAUGACGACGAGCGCGUAGCUUUGAUGAACCGCUUCUGGAUGCCUUUUGGCCUUGGCUCCCGAACAUGCAUAGGCCGUCAUAUUUCGAUGCUUGAAAUGUGCAAACUCAUUCCUGCUUUGGUUCGAGACUUUGAGUUUGCUCUACAUGAUAAUUUACUCCAUAAUGAGUGGAAAACGAAGAACUACUGGUUUGUGAAGCCUCUUGAUUUUCAGGUCUGGGUAAAACCUAGGACAAGUGCAGGGUAA